UGUUUGCUAAAUGGUUGUUGCUUUUUGUUUUUAUUUUCUAGGUGGAUGUGUGGUCUUUAGGAAUCACAGCCAUAGAAAUGGCAGAAUACGAUCCUCCACACAUUAAACUCCGUGGUGCUGAGCUUUCCGAAAGGAUUAUGAAUGGUCCAGCUCCAGCUCUAAAAGAGGAUAUAUGGAGUAAUAAAUUCCACAGAUUUAUUAAUAAAUGCCUUCAGAAGGAUCCAACCAAAAGACCAUUCGCAAAGGAACUCCUAUUAAACCGAUUCAUCACAUAUAAUCGAGAUGAAGACGAGGUGCAAUAUAGCAUAGCAGAGCAUAUACAGAAAGGAGCAAAGAAAUAAGACAUUCAAGUUAAAGAUUCUCUUGCAACACCUCAUUAAGAAGACUUUGUCAAGACUUAGGAAGGAAAUGGAAGAACAAUAUAUAAAUCCCAAAAUGGAUUCUACCCUUGCAAGAUCUGAAAUGUGGCUCCUUCAUUAUGUUCCCAAAAGGGAAAGGAGGGAAAGGGUUGGGAACACAAUGUAGGAGCCACAGUCCAUCUACUUUGGAUAC